UUCCGUUGGUCCCUUGAACUAAUCUGUAACAGUUUGCUGAAAUCAGUAUAUAAAGUGAAUGUUGACCUGAGAAUUAGCACAGUUUACCAAAGCCAUCCAGUCAGCAAAGAUCGGUGUCUAGUGUUCCGACGUGUCCUGAAAGCAUACUUGCAAGUUCGUCAGUCGUGAUGGCUUUCAAAUACGUCGCUCUGUUCGCUCUUAUCGCUGUGGCCAGUGCCCAGCACUACCAGCAGUAUCAGCAGCCUCAGUACCAUCAUCAGCCAGAAUACCAUCAUUACCAGCCACAGCCACAGCAAGUGGUAUACAAGCAGCCCGCUCUGCUCAAGACUGUGCAGCCUGCUCUGGUCAAGACCGUCCAGCCCGCUCUGGUCAAGACCCUGAAACAUGUGGAAUAUCCCGAUGCUCCGGCCGAGUACCAGUUUGCUUACGAUGUACAUGAUGAUCACACCGGAGAUGUUAAGAGCCAACAGGAGGAACGUCACGGUGAUGUCGUCAAGGGACAGUACACCCUGAUCGACGCUGAUGGUUAUCGUCGCAUCGUGGACUACACUGCCGAUGAUCACAACGGAUUCAACGCCGUCGUGCGUCGUGAACCUGUUGAGGGCCACAAGGUUGUGAAGACCCUUGCCCCAGUUGCUAAGGUUGUUGCACCACUCGCUAAGGUAUACGCCGCUCCGGCUGUCACGAAAGUGUUCGCUCCUCAACCAGUGCACUAUCAGCACCAACCCGUGCAGCAGUAUUACCAUGCUCCGGCCCCCGCUAAGGAGUACGCUCCGGUCGCGAAAGUAGCCCUGCCGGCCGUCGCUAAGGUUGCUGUCCCAGUUGCCAAGGUGGCGUACGCUCCUCAUCACGAAGCCGUUAACCACGUCCAGUUCCACGGACCGUCGAGCAACUACAACUACAGGGGCAAUCACUUUGGCAACUGGGGCGAUCGUCUUGACGAUCUUGUGUCCCUCAAGAGGCUCACGGCGAACGACGGCGUUGAAUCCAUUGUGUUCAUCGGCGGUAUAGUCAACGACACGACGGUGACCAUCAGCAUCGAUCAGGGUGUACUGUCCCUUGACGUCAUCACCAUGACGUUCCUCCUGCUGGCUCUUGAUGUCUCCGGUAUGGUCGUCAUGCACGGAGUAUUGGAACUGGUACUCAGCUGGGGCUUCUGGGUAUUCGAUAUGCUUUACGGUCUUGACCAGAGUGGGCUGCACGGUCUUGAUAAGAGCAGGCUGGAUGGUCUUGACAACGGCCGGUUCGUGAUGGUACUGGUGGUACUGUGGCUGGUAAUGGUGCGGGUCGUAGUGCUGAGCACUGGCAACAGCCAGGAAUGCUACGACUGCCAGAAACUGUACGGCCAGCUUCAAGGUCGGAGCUACAUAAUGGGCCACCGGUACGGCUACCUUGGCAACCGGAACCACAGUCUUUACCAGCUUGUGUCCCGUCAGUGGUUCACGGCGGACGACGGCGUUGAAUCCGUUGUGCUCAUCGGCGGUAUAGUCAACGACACGACGGUGACCAUCGGCAUCGAUCAGCGUGUACUGUCCCUUGACAUCAUCACCGUGGCGUUCCUCCUGCUGGCUCUUAAUGUCUCCGAUUUCGAUAUCCUAGUAAUGGUAGGUUGGGUACGCAACCUUAGCCACCGGGACGGCGACCUUGGCGAUCGGGGCGGCAUACACCUUAGCAACUGGAGCAAUGACCUUGGCGACCGGGAUGGCGGUCUUCACAGGUUCGCGACGAACGACAGCAUUGAAUCCGUUGUGCUCAUCGGCGGUAUAUUCAACCACUCGGCGGUAUCCAUCGGCAUCAAUCAGCGUGUACUGUCCGACAACGUUGUCACCGUGACGUUCUUCCUGCUGGCUCUUAAUAUCUCCGGUAUGGUCAUCGUGCACAGAGUAUUCGAACUGGUAUUGGGCUGGAGCAUCCGCGUACUCGAUGUGUUUGACGGCUACAGGAAGCACAGCAGCACUGGCAGCGGCCACCAGAGCAAACAGGAUGCAGUACUAGUGAACAAAACCAUAGAACUUGUCGAAGAAUCGAGUAUAAAUAUUCCAGCCCGAGCCAGUUCCAAGUAUCAGUUGUCUAUCAGCAUUCCUACAGUUCAGAUUUAUAAAUCAGCUAAAAUGGCUUUCAAAUACUGCAUCCUGUUUGCUCUGGUGGCCGCUGCCAGUGCUGCUGUGCUUCCUGUAGCCGUCAAACACAUCGAGUACGCGGAUGCUCCAGCCCAAUACCAGUUCGAAUACUCCGUGCACGAUGACCAUACCGGAGAUAUUAAGAGCCAGCAGGAAGAACGUCACGGUGACAACGUUGUCGGACAGUACACGCUGAUUGAUGCCGAUGGAUACCGCCGAGUGGUUGAAUAUACCGCCGAUGAGCACAACGGAUUCAAUGCUGUCGUUCGUCGCGAACCUGUGAAGACCGCCAUCCCGGUCGCCAAGGUCAUUGCCCCAGUUGCUAAGGUAUAUGCCGCCCCGAUCGCCAAGGUCGCCGUCCCGGUGGCUAAGGUUGCGUACCCAGCCUAUCACUACUAAGUUGUUCAGUCGAAACCUUCCUAACUAGAUGAAUAAAUUAUUUCUUUUUGUAAAUAUUUUCUCAAAUUAAACGAAAACUGUAUUUUAAAAAAAAUAAACCAAGAAAUACUUACCAGAAAACGUAUUCCGAAUAGUUCUCUUCGAAAUUAGAAGAUUUACACUUAAGAAACAUUUCCCUGCCGUAUCAAAUCUAAAAUGAUAAAAGAAUAUCAGAACAUGACAUUCGUCAUGAAAUAGGAACUCAUUGAAUUCAAAAAUAUUGCGUAAAGGACUACAGUAGCCCGAAACCAAUAAUGUAAUAAUUGAAAUUAUUGUAUGAUACAUAC